AUGUCCGGUCAGUUGCAGGUACAUGUUAGUUUGCGGAACAGCUCCUACGAUGGUUUUGCAGACCUUUGGCACAGGUUGUUUUGGCAGGGAUGCUCCAAUCAUCAUGAAGUUCAGCUCAUAAACCGUAACGGAGUUGGUGUUCACCAAAGUUUAAAGGCCUGGAAACUGGCGUCAAACUUUCACAAGUGGAGACAAGAAGAAGAAAACUUAAGGCAAGAUCUCGCGCUUGCUCUUUUCAGUUCAGCUUUGUUCUUGAACGCUUUGAUGUCAACUGAGCUGCGUUUUUUUAUUUUUCUGUGCAGUCGACACCCAAAAACCUGCUCGAAGCCUCUGAGCAUCCAUCCAAUUUACGGGAGUGAUGCUGGUGGCUAUUCUGAAGCCGCAUUUGGCUACUUCGAGACCUUUUGA